CCAUGCUGAGGGCGAUGUCUGAGGUCUGCUUCGAUGCAUUGGGGCAUCUUGUGCUGCUUGAAGCUAUGAAAGCCCGUGUGAGCAUGCGGCGCAAGCUCAACUGAUGUAGAAGAGGCGGAACUUCCAGAAGCAUUCAAGCUGAGACGCACGUGUGUAGUACUUUAGGAGCUGAGAACAAUUUCAAGUGUCAGCAUUGAAUGCACAGGUUGUGCAGCCUUGAUUGCUUUGCUCGCAAACAAAGAUGUCACGCACUUUGGCAAUCAGCCCUGAAACAGGGCUGGCCAAUGCUUUUAUCAGAAGGUUGCAGAAACAGCAAGCAACGGAGCAGAACAGCUCUUCCAUAGCAAAGUCUUGCAAAACAACCAGACGGAAAAGCGGGAAGCAUGGGGUGGUUAGGAAACGAGGUUGCAUCACAAAAGCAUCAGCUGACAAUACACCAGGGCCCACGACACAGGGUGUCAGACAGGGUGACCUCCAAGGCAAGUCUGUAGUGGUUGUUGGUUUGGGCGCCAGUGGAAAGGCAGCCGCUCGUCUAGCUUUGGCAAGGGGAGCGGAGCGCGUGACUGCUUGCGAUAGGAGAGAAGACAUGAAGCCACUCCAGGACGAGGAGCACUUUGCCGGUCUAGACCUUGCUCGACUGCAAGUCGACCUUGGCCCACACAACCGAGCAACACUGGCAAACGCGGAUCUGCUUAUUAUGUCACCUGGUGUAAACCCCGUUCAGACAGAGAUUGCGGCAGCACUAGAAGCAGGUGUUCCUGCAAUCUCGGAGCUUGCUUUUGCUGCGGAGGCCCUGCCUUCAUCCAUGCCCAUGGCAGCCAUAACGGGGACCAACGGAAAGUCGACAGUCACGACGUUUACAGGACAGAUUCUCCGGGAGGCGGGCAAACGGCCCUUCCUCGGCGGAAAUCUCGGCACGCCCCUGUCAGUGGCGGCCCUAGAGUGCCUGGCCUUCCCGCCAGACGACCCUCCAUACCAGGCAGCUAUUGUAGAGGUCAGCAGCUACCAACUGCAGUUCCCUGGUUCUUUAAACCCUAAGGUGGGCGUUGUUUUGAACCUUACCCCUGAUCAUCUAGAGCGGCACGGGAACAUGGAAGCGUACGGCGCCGCGAAGUGCGCCCUUUUUCGCAACAUGAGCAGUAGCCAGAUUGCCGCCAUUCCACAAGGUGACUCGUUCCUGCGGCGCCUUGCAAUCGAAUCCAACUCGGACGGACUGCGGGCGUGGCUGGGGGCCUUGCCCGGGGUGCAGCUCGACAGCUCUUGCCGACGGGCCAUCGUCGCCGUUCCAGGGGGCGGACCGGAAGCCCUCCUCGACCUUUCUGUCCUGCGGUGUCUGGGAGCCCACAACGCCCACAACGCCGGAACCGCGGCUCUCCUGGCGCUCUCGCUCGGCCUGGGGCUGACGCAAGAUGACGUCCAGCGAGCGCUGCCGACGCUGCAGCCGCCGCCGCAUAGAAUGGAAAUAGUUAUCGAGGACUCGGAGGGCGUCCUUUGGAUCGACGACUCGAAAGCUACGAACGUGGAAGCGAGCAUGGUCGGGAUCAGGGGGGUGCAGGGGCGUAAAGCUGUCGUGCUUCUAGGGGGCCGGGCAAAGGUAGAUCAACCCGGGAUGCCGUUCGGGUUUGACCGCCUGAAAACGGCGUUAGCAGGCCAUCGAGCAGUUAUUGCGUUUGGGGAGCACGGACCAGAGAUUGCUGCUGAGCUGGCGGACAGCGGCGUCGGCCUUCCGGUGCACACGCUUCCGAAGCUCAAGGACGCGGUCGAGCGGGCGAGCUUGAUCGCGCAAAGAGGAGAUGCCGUGCUGCUCAGCCCCGGGUGUGCAAGCUUCGACGAGUUUACAGACUUCAUGCACCGAGGCCGUGCCUUUAGCGAGCUAGUACGACAAAGACAUUAACUAAGCCGAUCGAGAGGUACCUGAUUUUGUCUAUGCGUUUGUCUGAAUGGCCACCACGUUGCAGAGCCCAAGUCUUUUGCCUUUAGCACCAUCGUUGGACGUUCAUAGUUCGUCUAAAUAAGUGUGCUUCAACGCGGCAUCGAGACUCUAAUCUGUGCACGUGUCACUAGUCUGCCGAUUAUGUACUCGGAUCUCCCUUGUAAGCAAAUACGUGACUGCGUAGAAGUGGUCCUGGCCGUGAAGGUUACGCG